CUGUGAAAUCCGGACAGGCGUUUGCGAAGGGCAGCCCGCCUUGAGGGGUCCUCGCCGCGCUUUCCCUGAAGGCGAAGAGACAAAAUGGCGUCGGCGAGGGGCGUCGCAAUGGCGGGGCGACUGUGGGGCUCCUUCUGCCAUUUGGGUUUGAGAGGCGUUAAUCUGGCAACCAGACGUCCUCCACGCUCUGCUGCGCUCCAGAGGUUUCCCAUUCAUCCUGCGGUGCUACAGUCAGUGAGGUCGAUGUUUAUUCAGACACAAGACACCCCAAAUCCAAACAGUCUGAAGUUUAUCCCAGGGAAACCGGUCUUGGAGUCGAGAACUAUAGAAUUCACCUCUCCUGCUUCUACGUAUUGCUCACCCUUAGCAAGACAGCUCUUCAGGAUUGAAGGAGUUAAAAGCAUCUUCUUUGGAGCUGACUUCAUCACUGUCACAAAGGAAAGCGAGGAUGUGGAUUGGAACUUAAUAAAACCAGACAUUUAUGCAACCAUUAUGGACUUCUUUGCUUCCGGCUUACCUGUCAUUACGGAUGAGGCGCCUCGUUCAGACACAGCUCCAUCGGAGGAAGAUGAUGAAGUCGUAUUAAUGAUAAAAGAGCUGCUGGACACUAGAAUAAGGCCAACGGUCCAGGAAGAUGGCGGAGAUGUCAUAUUUAAGGGCUUUGAAGAUGGGAUUGUGCAGUUAAAACUGCAAGGAUCGUGCACAAGUUGUCCCAGUUCCAUCAUAACGCUGAAGAAUGGGAUACAGAACAUGUUGCAGUUCUAUAUCCCAGAAGUAGAAGGUGUGGAACAGGUUGUUGACGAUAACGAUGGAGAAGAAAAAGAAGCAAACUCAACCUGAAUCAGGGGAAGCUUUGGACUCUAAAAAGGAAUUAUUUUCUUAGUGGAUUUAUUGUCUCUGUAAGAAAGCAAAAUAACCUCCACCUUCUGCACAUUUUCCAGACCGUUGGACUGUUUUCUGGACAGCUUUCUCAUUCUGAGGAGACAAGUGUUACUUAAAGUGUGCAUCUUCUGUUGUCUUGAACAAAAGGAUGGAAAUGAGGACUUUGGACAGAAUAUGACAUUCAUAAAUGCUGUGAAUUUAAAAAAUGUCCUGAAGAAGAAGAAGACAGUGCUUACAUUGGGAUAAAUCAACAAUGCAUCAUUAUUUUAGAGGUCUAAUUCAGUCACUGAUCAUUUUGUUUUCUGCGUUACUGUCAGUACAUGUGUGUCUUUCCUCUCCUAUGUGCUGUAAUGAACACGACUGUUUUCUGAAAAUACCAAGCUGGGUUUUUAAGUUUGCUGUGAUCUAAACCUUAGCUUUGGCUGUAUAGUUUCAUUUGAUUGUUGACCAAAUAAAAUGUAGUUAGUCCCUAUCUAUUAGAUGGGGAGUCUUCAAGAGUCCUCCUUCUCUCCCUGGCAGGCCUCAUGCCAUCAUCUUCAGACUUAAAAUAUGAGGACUGGAAUCUAACUAGUAUACCUUGGACGCAUGGAGAAAAUUGAUCCCUUUGGUCCUGACUACCUUAAUUACAGCAAGACAAUUAGUUGCUUUGAUUAAGAAACAAUAAUUAGAGUAUGUUAUGGUUCAAGAAAUCCUCAUUAAGUGCCUCUAGGUCCAGAAGAAUAUGUGAGUUGAAACUCCUUAAGGAAACUAGAAGUAGGAGAAAGUUCACUCAAUACAAAUUGGAGAGCUGCUUUGCCAAUGGGAAUGCAAUGUUUAAGUGAGCAUAUCAUGUACAGGUAGAGUGUGAAUUCUCUGGUGCCUUAACUCAUUUGCUGGGUUAAAAUCAGAGAAUAAGGCCAACAGUGUACAAAGCUAUGCCUUGUUUUAAUGAAAUGUUAAAUGCAGUAUUUAGCAGAGCAGAUACCAGAAUUCCUACCGGGAGCAACAGCAAAACAUGCUGUAGGUAAAUCAAGUUUGAAUAAACUUGUUAUAUUCCCUUGAAUGCAAAUGUAUGAUGACUCUGUGAGUUCAUACUGAAAGUUUCUUCUGAAAGGAAUACUGUUUUCAAGGUACAGGCAAUGGCUGGCUUGUUAAAACUGAAACAGUGUUUGGCUUGGUGUCUGUUAAAUUCACAACUCCACAAUAGUGUACCUUUGGCAAGACAAGUCAAAUACACACUAUUACCCACCGCU